UAUAACAGUCACAAACUCCACCAGAAGUUAGCUGUUAAGAUACAAAUCACCACAUUGCUGCACCGCUCCGCGUUAACACAGCCCACCUUACCCGGAGACAGAGCAUAUCUAGCUCGGAGGGCUAGCAGGCCUGGUAGCUGGACAGUCCGGGACGCGAUAUUACGAAUCCCACUAUGGCCACGCCAAGACCCGCCCUAUGCCUACCUCUGAUUGGCUUACACGUACACGUCACCUCCAGUACCUCCGCGCCGCCGCCGCUCUCCAGCACAGCCGCUGACGUUUCGCCGGCGCAGCGCAGUUUGAAAUAUGUGUUCAAGAAAGGAGACGCUGGAGACGGUAAUAACGAGAGUGACAGAGCCAGUCUGCAAACUGCACUUGGAUAGCCAUGAACAGUAUGGCUGCUCCUAUUAAAUGGUGCCAUAUUUGCCAGACACCUGGCAACGUGCAGCAGUUGGAGGAGCUUGAGAAACUCUUACCAUCUGGAUACACACAUCUGCUGUGUGUGAAGGAGGAUGAGUUUCGAGCCCAUUUAAAAGUGCAGCUCUCCACUAAAGAGGAGGUGGAGAAAUGGCUUGAGGAAUUUCAAAAUUCCUCCACUUUAACAUGGAGGAAUGCCAGAACGUAUCCGGCGUCAGGGCGAUACAAUGUGUAUAGAGUUGAUCUCAGAUGCCAGCAUAAAACCUACGCAUCUGGCAAAUACUCAAGAAACACCAACUGCCCUGCCACACUGUUUCUUGUCCUCAAAAGAAGCAUGGAGAAUAGGAGGUCAAGAUCGUCAGAUCGACACAUGGCAGAGGGUUACCUCCUAUAUGUCAACUUGAGGAAUGAGCACAACCAUCGCCUUGCUUGCGCCGAUGCCCUGAGGAAAAGGGAUGUGUCGGCCGUCACCAUUGAAAGGCUGACUGAGCUCUUUGAGAAAGGUCAUUCUCCCUCAUCUGCUCUCGAUACCAUCAAAUAUGACCUGCAGGAGGAACAGGGAGACGAGUACCACUAUGCAGCAGCAGACCGCGCCAUCUGCCCAGACGUCCAGUUCUGCUACAGGUUAUACUACAAAAUAUUCCAGAAAUCAUAUGGUGCCCCUUCUGGAGAAAAGAUGGUCAUAGACCUCGAAGAACGCCUUGCCAGGUAUAACGAAGAACAGGGCUGUGUCUGUGCUCAGAUAGAACAAACCAUCGAUGGCCAGCAGAUUGUGGCGAUUUGCACACCUGUAAUGCAGCGGGUCCACACAAGAGUACAACAGAGUGGAGAGAUGAUCUUUGUGGAUUCCUCGGGGAAUUGUGACAGGCAAAACCACCGCCUUUUUCUCUUUCUAACCCACUCUGCUGCAGGGGGACUGCCUCUUGGUGUGCUGAUCACCACAUCAGAGAGUGCAGCCACUCUAACAGCUGGGAUCUCCCUGCUUAAACGGCUUCUCCCACCUGGUGCUUUCUUUGGGCGCGAAGACCAUGGUCCACAGGCAGUCAUGACAGAUGACUGUUCAGCUCUGCGACAGGCACUUGCCACUGUCUACCCUGGAGCAAGCAUACUUUUGUGCACCUUUCAUCUGCUCCAGGCGAUGUGGAGAUGCAAGUGUUUCAUAAAGUUCUUGUGUUUUGAUGCCAGGGGAUCUGCAGACAGCGUGGCAUAG